AAAGAGGACUCAAAAGUCUCAGUAUAUUUCUAAGUCUCCUGCAGAAACUUCAAUUCUAUUCUAAGUCUCUUGAAAUAACAAAUCUCCUUUUUUCUCUCCUCCAUGACUCAAGUUCAUACCUCCAUCCCUCGAUUGCUAAUGGAAGAAGAACCAAAAUCAACCCUACAGCCUCCAACUUUUGGAAACCUAAUCACCAUUCUCAGCAUCGAUGGAGGUGGAAUAAGAGGGCUUAUCCCAGGAACAGUCCUUGGCUUCCUCGAGUCUGAGCUUCAGAAGCUGGAUGGUGAAGACGCAAGAAUUUCAGAUUAUUUUGAUGUGAUUGCAGGAACAAGCACCGGUGGCCUCGUGACUGCCAUGCUAACCACUCCCAAUGAAAACACUGGCCGACCCUUGUUUUCUGCCAAAGAUAUCAAGGACUUCUACCUUGAGCACUGCCCUAAGAUCUUCCCACAGCACAGUUAUGUUCCAAUUCCUUAUGUCACGAAGGCAGUUACAUCCUUAUCAGGACCAAAAUAUGAUGGGAAGUAUCUGCAUAACCUUGUUAAAGAAAAACUAGGAGAAACACGAUUACACCAGACCCUUACUAAUGUUGUUAUCCCAACAUUUGACAUCAAGUGCCUUCAGCCAACAAUAUUUUCCACUUAUCAGGUGAAGAGCAGGCCAAGUUUAGAUGCCUUACUGUCAGAUAUAUGUAUUGGAACCUCAGCAGCACCCACUUAUCUUCCAGCUCAUUAUUUCGAAACCAAAGACCCUACCGGGAGAGUUAGAGAAUUCAACCUCAUUGAUGGUGGUGUCGCUGCAAAUAAUCCGGCUUUGGUUGCUAUUGGGGAAGUGACCCAGGAGAUCAUCCGGGGCAGUCCUGAUUUCUUUCCUAUAAAGCCAAUGGACUAUGGCCGGUUUUUAGUAAUAUCCUUGGGAACUGGGUCAUCAAAAGCCGAAGAAAAAUACAAUAAGGAUCAAGCAGCCGAGUGGGGUCUGUUGGGAUGGUUGAGAAGUGGUGGUUCCAUCCCCUUAGUGGAUGUGUUUACCCAAGCAAGUGGAGAUAUGGUCGACUUACACCUUUCACAGGUUUUUCAAGCCCUUCACUCUGAAAAAAGCUAUCUUCGGAUACAGGAUGAUACAUUGAGUGGUAUAACAUCAUCAGUCGACAUAGCCACAAAGGAAAAUUUGGAUGAUCUUGUGAAAAUUGGUGAGGAGUUGUUAAAGAAAAGGGUCUCAAGGGUUAACCUGGAUACAGGUAUCUUUGAGCCUUCAAAUCAUGAGACCAAUGAGGAGGCUCUCACAAGUUUUGCAAGACUACUCUCCCAAGAGAAGCAACGUAGAGAUGGUAGGUCACCACAUGAACAUGCUGCCGCUUCUAAAGGAGUGGUCGUUGUCUGAAUGAUUCCUACUGUUGUAAUGAAUUUCUAGUUAAGUUGGAGUCCCGUUUCUGAUUGUCUGCCUUUUAAUUCACUAUUCUUAUUGUUAAAAUAAAUCCCAAAUGGGAUAUUUUUAAUAACCGUGUUUCUAGUGUGAAGAUAUUGUAAGUCCAUAGAUUCCACUUAAUUUCUUCUACGGUUCUGAUAGGACUGGACCUGUGUGUCUAUGCAAGUCAAACUCAUUGUGAUUUA